AUGGACCUGAAGGGACCCCGCCCAGCAUUGCUGCUGCUGCUGCUGGUUUUGCUGCCUGCCUGUCUGGCUCUGGGCCGGAGGGAGACACGCCACGAGAAAUUCCACCGGCAGCAUGUGGACUUCCCGAAGACCAGCGCCCCGGACGCCCGGCGCUACUGCAACUUCCUGAUGCAGCGGAGGAACCUGACAGCUGACGCCUGCAAACCCACCAACACCUUCAUCCACGUGGGACCAGCCGAGGUGGACAGCGUCUGUCGCUCGGGGGGCACCCCCAGCACCGAGAAUUACUACGACAGCAACGUGCCCUUUGAGCUCACCACCUGCCGGCUGGCAGGGGGCGCUCAGAGACCCCCCUGCAACUACCGCGGGAGAACCAGCACCCAGCGGAUCCGGGUGGCAUGCGUGGGAGGGCUGCCCGUGCACUAUAAAACACAGCUCUAG